AUGUCAUUAUAUCGUCGUCGAAUAUUCAUUUAUUUUAUUAUACUUUUAUUAUUAAUCAUUGAACCUUUAAUUUAUCUAUUUUAUUUAUCCGAUUCUCAUUGUAAAAAUAAUAUUGAAAUAUCAAUACCUGAUAAUAUAAGCGAUAAAGCAAGUAUAAUUAAUAUAAAUACACGAAUUUUAUGUUGGAUUCCAACAACACUUAAUCGACUCGAUCGAGCAAUUAUUGUAUAUGAAACAUGGGCUAAACGAUGUGAUCAUUCAGUUUUUAUGAUUGCUGGCUCACGUCCAACACGUUCGUUUGAUCAUUCAAAAUAUCCUUUUCCUAUUGCUUAUAUUGGCGAUGAAACCAUAGAAAAAUAUAAUCGACUGUCUGAAAAAACUUUACUUUCAUUACUCUAUAUAUAUAAACAAUAUGGUCAUGAUUAUGAUUGGUUUUUUAAAGGUGAUGAUGAUACAUAUGUAAUUAUUGAAAAUCUUCGUCAUUUUCUUCGACGUCGUCCAUCAAAUACAUCAUUUUAUUAUGGUUAUAUAGCUAAAACUUCAGAUCGAUUAUAUCCAUCAGGUGGUGCUGGUUAUGUUUUAAGUCAAGAAGCAUUACUUCAAUUUGGUAAACAAAUUUUAACAAAUACUGAGAAACGUAAAUUAUGUAAUAAAGAUGAAGCUGAAGAUAUAAAUCUUGCUUAUUGUCUUGCACGUAUUGGUAUAUUUGUUAUCAAUGCACGUGAUAAUCAACAACUUGAAAUUUUUCAUCCAAUGACAUUUGAACAACAUUUUAUGGGAAAUUUUACAAAAUGGAUUAAAAAAAAUGCACAAUUUGAUCAAAAAAAAGGUGAACAAUGUUGUUCACCAUUAACUAUAUCAUUUCAUAGUUUAUCACCAGUAGAAAUGAAGAUGAUGCAUUUUUUAUUGUAUCGAAUCAAGAAAGCGCCUGUUUGA